AAUGAAUAUGGACCAUGGAGGUUCUAACUUCAAUAACGAAACAACUUUUCAGCUUUAACCAUUUAAUAAAGCAUCCAUCUUAUAAUUGAAGCUACUGAGAAAUUUAUGUAUUUUGUUCGUCAAAGCAUGUGGAUUGUUUUUCAAAAUCUACUCUCUCCCAUCUUUCUUUUCUUAUUAAAGCCUCACCAACUCAAUCAAAACUAAUCCUCCCAUAUGAUCACUUGAGAGAGAGAGAGAGAGAGUAGUGCUGUGGAGAAGACAUGGCCAGCAGGAACAUAGAGAGCAUCGAGAAUGGAGUGCUAAACGAGGAAACCCAUUACAACAAAAUGCCCGAGGGAGAUUCAUCAACAAAGUCCAAUAUGGCCAAGUGGUGGCUCCUCGGAAUAAACUGCGUCUGCACUGUUCUGGGCACCAUCGCCGGGCCCUUGCUCCUGAGACUUUACUUCUUGCACGGCGGCAACCGGAAAUGGAUACCCAGUUGGCUAGAAACUGCUGGGGUCCCGGCACUACUCGGCCCCCUCACAGUUCUGUACUUGCGUGAACGAGCAUCUGGCGUCAGGUUCUUAGCUCCCACUAAGCUCUUACUACUCAGUGCUGGAAUAGGCCUCCUUGCAGGACUUAACAACUUCAUGUACUCCCUUGGCUUGUCAUUCCUACCAGUCUCCACUUCAUCGCUCCUCCUCUCAACCCAACUCGCCUUUACCGCUUUCUUUGCUUUUCUUAUUGCCAAGCAGAAGUUCACUCCUUACUCCACAAACGCGGUUGUGCUGAUGACACUGGGUGCAGUCUUACUUGGGCUGACGAAGAGCGGCGACCGUCCUCCUGGUGUUAGUAACAAAGACUAUUUGUUGGGCUUCAUCCUGACUCUCGGCGCAGCUGGGUUGCUGGGUUUCAUCUUACCCUGUUGCGAGGUUUCUUAUGCUACAGCUCGCAAGACCAUCACUUAUUCUGUGGUAUUGCAGUUUCAGUUCGGAGUGAACUUCUUUGCUACAGUAUUUUGCACCAUUGGAAUGCUCAUAAACAAGGAUUUUCAGGCGAUUCCGAGAGAAGCAAAUGCAUUCGAAUUAGGCGCAGUAAAAUAUUACAUGGUGCUGGUGUCGAUUGCGAUUGUGUGGCAGAUGGCGGUGGUGGGUUUACUAGGAGUUGUCUUCUGCACCACGUCUCUGUUCGCUGGAGUCCUCAAUGCAACGUUGCUUCCUCUCACGGAGAUCGCAGCAGUGAUUGUAUACCAUGAGAAGUUCACAGGUGAAAAGGGUAUGGCACUAGCUCUCUGCUCUUGGGGCUUCAUCUCUUACUUCUAUGGAUCCUACAAGGAGAACAAGAAGCAAAAAGCACUAUCUGAAACUGAGUCGAGGUGAUGAGUCGACCAAGAAACCCAUAUAUACAAGUUGUUUAUUUUGAUUCAUAUAAGAAUCAUGAAGAGCUACAGGCUUAAAGAAGAAAACAAAGAAAAAGAAUCAUGAAGGGUUAGGGUUUCUUUUUUCUUUUUUAUUUGAAAUCUCUAAGUUCCUAUAAAAAAAUGUUACUUGUCUAUCAAAAGUUUCCAUGAGCCGAAAUUUUACUUGAUUCAAA